AUGGCGGGGAAGAUGCACGGGGGUGAUGCCAGCUGGGGGAGCCGCUUGGACCGUCCGCUUCUGACGUCAGGACUUGCCCUGCCAACAAUGGCCUUUGUAAGACGUUCCAUUGGUCAGAUAACUCGGAUGUAUACCGGGAAUCAGGCUGUUGUCUACUGUGUCUCUGUCGGAAGAUAUUCUCGCCUUUCCUCCCACCGCGCACUGAGGGAAGAGGAGAAGAUAAUGAAAAGAGGGUGGGGACAACAACCAAGUUAUCACUACCUCGCGACACGCAAGGCAGGACAUUAUAGUUGGCUAGGACUUGCCAUGCAAAGCGACAUCAAGGAUGGCAAUAGAGAAACUGGUCAAUCUGAAUAG